AUGGCUACGUCCCUAGCAGCAGACCAGCCGUCCCUGGCAUCUCAAUCCGAGUUCAUGUCUUCAGAUCAACAGGAUCCCUUCUCCGCGUCGACCAGCUCGGCACACCAUCGAUUCUCGCAUUUCGACAACCAGCUGUUUGCUCUCGGUCCGACAGCAUCUCCAGAUCAAGCAAAGCGCGCUCUAGAAGCCCAUCUCGCCGAGACAGAGCGACGUAUACAAGAGGCUUCGAAGCUGGGUACCACGCUCGUGCAACAGAGGAAAGAGCUGGCAGAGCGUCUGAAGGAUGUUGAGAAGCAGCAAAGCGAAGGAGACAUCACGCCAGAAUUACGCCAGAAGCUUGUCGAGGUGGAAAAAGAGUACAAUGAGGUCGGGCGGGAGACGGCAAGGGCGUUUCUGCCGAAAUCAAGAGUAUCGAGUGCUGAGAUGGCUGGUGGAUCCCCAUAUCGAUCUGUCAGUCCCUCGAAGUUUGAAAGUCAGGCUACGAAUUCUCCCUCUAAAUUAAGCGUACCAAACAGGAAGCAAAGAAAUCAACCGUCAAAUCGAGUUCAUGAUAUCGAGUUCGCCACGGAAAUCAGCACAUCACUUUUAUCACAAGUCCGGCAUUUGCAAGCUCUGUUAGCAGAGAAAGAGGAGUCGUUGAAGACGGUUACUUUGGAAAAGUCAAGGCUGGAGAUCGAGGCGGAGGGCUUCAAUCAGCGGCUUAGGAGCCUUGAUGAGAGUGAACACCGAUACAAGGAUGAGAAUUGGAAUCUGGAAACCCAAAUCCACGAGUUCCUAGCUGCGGCGAAGGAGUCAGCAGAUCGAGAGAAGAGAUUGAACCAGAAUCUCAGUGUCUUGCAAUCCGAGAAGAGUGCUGCGCAGAAGGAACUGGAUGAGAUCAAGUUGAGCCAUGCAAAGCUUUCCGAGGACCAUGUAGCUGCUCUCAAGCACCAUGAAGUGGAACUGGGCAGUGUCAAGCGAAGCAUGACUAUGGCUGACAACGAACGAGGUGCGCUACAACGUAAAGUUGAGGACUUGACUGGUCAGAAUCAAGAACUUGCAAGAGCUGUUGCGCAUCAACGAGGUAGACUAGAGGAUCAGCAACAAUCCAGAGGACUCAGUGACGAAGACUUCGAGACAGCACCUGACAAUGUCACUCCGGAACACUCACCGCCGCCAUCUCCUAUCAAAGGCACCCCAAGGCAUAGUAUGCUCGAAUCCGAGACUCUCAAGAGCUCCCUGCACCAUGCUCACCGGAUGAUCCAAAACUUGAAGGGCAACAUUCAUCGAGAGAAGACCGAAAAAUUGGAGCUUAAGCGCAUGCUUCAGGAUGCCAGAGAUGAAUUGGAUGCUCGCAGAACCGAAUUUGGGUCAGGAAAUGGAAAGAGAAGCCGCAAGGUUGAUUCUAGAGAAUUCAAGAAGCCCCUUAAGCCCGGUCAGCUAGGAGGAUUGAGGAAUAGCAGAAGCGAGGUCUUCAUUGAAGAUCCAAACUGGGAAGAAGACGAUGGGCAAAGAAGCCCAAGCCAAGCAGCUGCCCGAGCUGCUACAGGCGCUGCCAGUGUUUCACAAUCCGUAAACAAUGCCAGUGAUGCUUUCGAGACCGCCAACGAACAGGAUACAACUGAUGCAUUCGAGACUGCAAAUGAGCGGGGUACAGAGACCGAAGAUUUUCAGACUGGUGUCGAAGAAAUGAGCGGCAGUGAUGAACUCACGGAGACCGAGGGCCAAGCUGGUACUACGAGGUCAAAGCCAACACCUCUGGCUUUGACCAAAGCAGGAAAUCGUCAAUCAUUCCAGAGUACUGCCUCCACAUCGGGCGACGAGUACAGCUAUGAAGAGGUCAAGACACCAACUUCGCAGCAGCCUCAACGUCUGCGUCUUCGCGUGAGCCGUGGCCUCAACCGACGCUCAAGAGCUGUCAGUGAAGAGCCUAAUUUCCAGAGCAGCCCAGCAAGCUUUGCAAACAGCAGCCAGAACGGGACACCUCAAGCCGCUGGGCAAAGCUUGUUUGCUGAGCUGGGAGACAUGAGUGAUGAGGAAGAUUCGAUCCAAGGCACUCCAAGCCGCAUCAAUUUCACGUCUCAAUCAGCGACGCCAACAUCAAGACCUGGAACAGCAAAGCCAGUUCUUGGCGAAACUCCGGUUCUCCUCCCUUCCACGGCUUCUCCUCCAAGACUUCCGAUGGUCGAUUCUGGCAUGAUGACUGAGCCAUGGCAGCCAGAGCCGGCUACUCCUCAUUCCACUGCCGCUCCCUUAAUUGGAGCUGGAUUAGCAGGGGCUGCUGUGAGAGAGGCAGCGCAUUUGGCUGGUGGAAAGGACACUUCGGUAGCACCAGAUGCUCGCCCAUCGAUGAGCGAUAGUUACACUUUGACCGAGCCUGAACCAAGAAGAUCGAUGAGCGACAGCCAUACUUCAACGGAACCAGAGCCGGUUCGCGUCAUGAGUGACAGUCAUACAUCGACGGAACCAGAACCAGUUCGUGUUACCAGCGACAGCCACACAUCAACAGAGCCUGAGCCGGUCCGCAUCAUGAGCGAUAGCCACACCUCAACCGAGCCAGAACCAGUGCGCGUUAUGAGCGACAAGAACACUGCAACUGAUACCCCAGUCAAGCCCAAGAUGUCAGAUGCCGCAGUCCAAUGGCAUGAAGAGCAGUUGAACGAUCAGAUGAACAAUUAUCUUACUGUUAAUGAAGAUCGCGCAAGACCAGUCUCCGACUCCACCUACAGUGAUAUGAGCUCUCAGUAUGAUCCAGAGGUCAUGGAGGAGAAGCUUGCCAAGUUCCCAUCUCCACCAGCCUCUCGUGCUCAUACUCCUAUGGCUAGUCUUGCUAGCUUGGAGGCAAUGUCCAGUCCUUUGACGAUGUCCCAUAUUGUUUCGGAGCAAGUUGAGCCUACAGAGGCUGAACCACUUGUCGAAGCUGAGGCAGCGAAGGAAGUUCAAGUCGCCACACCCAAGGCUUCAUCAGUACCUGCACCCUUAGCAUUCUCGUCUCUACAAUUCCUCGAUACGGAGCCCAUAUCUCCUCGCAGCCCUAGACGAGAUGGUGUCAUCAUUCCCAGAGACGAUACGGAUGACGAGGUGGCCGAAAGAGAGCAACCCCAAACACCAAAGAAUAACUUCCUCGGCUCAGUAUUCGGAUGGAAUAAGGGCAAGGCGCCUGCUACACCAAUCAUUGCCGAAGACGAGACUCGUCAGUCACCAAGUGACUCUCCUUUGGUGGAGACUCCAGAAUCUCAGCGUCCGUUCAAGGAGGUAUCCAGUAAUCCUCAUGAGCGUACUGUUAGGACAGCUCCUGUGGAGACCACCGAUGAGAGCUCACAGACUGCGUUGACAGCAACUCAAAUUGAUGAGAUGUUACGCGUCAAGAGACAAGAUAACAUUCUUGCUGAAGAUGGUAACAAAUCGCCUACUUCACCUCGUGUUCCUCUUAUUCCAUUGUCCAUCAGAGCCAAGAGAUCGCAAGAGAGUAUUGGCAGUGUUGGUAGAGCCAGGUCCAAGAUGGCUGAUCCUGACUUUGUUCAUGAUGUCGUUAAUUUGAAAGGACCUGGCAGCGCUGGAAGCGGGCGAAACAACUCUAUCAGCAGUGUCCACCCACCUUUGCCAAUGGAUCACAAGCAAGUCAUUGCUGCUGCUGCUCAGCGCUCUGGUUCUUCAUCAGGUGGAGUUGGUACCAUGGGUCCCCCAUCAUUACCAGCCUCUGCUCAACGCUCCAACUCUUCCUCCGGAGGAGUUGGAAGCAUGGGACCUCCAUCAUUACCUGCGUCGGCUUACAAGAACCCAUCGUUCAGACCCAGAACGCCAAGUUCGCAGCCACCAAUGAGUCCUAUCUCCAUCAGAGCAGGUGCAACUCCACGACAAAUUCAUUCUUCUUCCGGAACUGCGGAGAUUCAGUCCCCAACCCGAACUGGCAGAUCGAGAGCGUCCUCAGUUUCGUCGUUUGUUUCUGAAAUUGAUACCCGCUUCAACAUGAAGGCUGGCUUGCCUGGUGGUCUUGACCCUGGGACCGAUCCUCGCAUGAUCAACGCCAUUACACAGACCAUGAUUGGAGAGUACCUCUGGAAGUAUACCAGGAAGGCUGGACGUGGCGCUAUGUCAGAGAACAGACAUAGACGAUACUUCUGGGUCCAUCCGUACACCAGAACACUCUAUUGGAGUGACCGUGAUCCAUCUGGAACGGGCAGAACCGAGUUGAAGGCUAAGAGUGUUCCUAUCGAAGCAGUGAGAGUGGUGACUGAUGACAACCCGAUGCCACCUGGCCUUCACCGCAAGAGUUUGAUCAUUAUGACACCUGGCCGAUCUGUCAAGUUUACCGCGACAACUGGACAACGCCACGAGACCUGGUUCAAUGCUUUGUCUUAUCUCCUUCUCCGGACCGGUGAGGAUGCUGUUGGAGACACCGAAUCUGUCGCCAAUGGCGCCUUGACGCAAGAGGAUGUCGAUGAAUUUAAUCCCGGCAAUGGUACCCGCAGCACCCGUCGUGGCCCAGCUUCUCUUUCCUCUUAUAACAGUCGCACAACGCGUAAUGAAUCUCCUUCAAAGUCAACGCGCAUCGAUGAACAACCUCGUUUGGUCUCAACAGCUACUCGUCCGUCACUGGGUAGCUUCUCAUCUCGAUUAAGCAGCUAUUGGAAGCCAGGAGAGCCUUCAAAGUCAUACUCUAGCCGACGAAGCAGACAUAGCAUGAGCGAGAACGGUCAAAUAUACGAGGCGAGCGAAGUUCAUGACAGUGCUGAAGAUUUGAGAGAGCAGUAUGAGAAGCAAGACCGCGAGUCUGAUAGACUCGAGAAUGUCAGAGCAUGCUGUGAUGGCAAACACGACGUUGGUCAUCUACACAACCACUCUGUCAAGAGCCGCCACGCAUCAACAAUCGGUGCAGCAUCUGGUUCAAGACCCGACCCUGCGCAGCAACGUACCAAGAGUCGAAACAGUAUCAUGCGACGAACAGACUGA